AGAUAAUUGUCCGGCGAAUGACAUGGCUAGAUGACGUGUUUAUCUAUGAUUGGUCCUCACACGUAGCUCGCCCAGCGAACACCGAAGGGUGAAGGCAGCGGGGUUUUCUUCUGUGCAUACCAUGCUUUCAUUGCCGUCCCUGUGAAUUGUGAUCCGUCUUCUGAAGAGGGACAGAGAGAGAGAGAGAGGGCGUAGAGAAUGGGGAUGUUUCGAUCAUCAUCAAAGUCGUCGUUGAUCGGUCUAUUAGUAUUCGUCACCUUCAUUUUCUUCUUCUUCGAUUUCUGUAUACGAGUAGAUGCUCUGUACGGACCAUCAUCACCAGUGGUUCAGCUUAGCCCCAAUAACUUCAAGUCCAAGGUUCUGAACUCGAAUGGAGUUGUUCUUGUUGAGUUCUAUGCACCUUGGUGUGGUCAUUGUCAGGCUCUAACACCCACCUGGGAGAAGGCAGCCACUGUUUUAAAAGGUGUCGCUACUGUGGCAGCUCUAGAUUCUGAUGCUCACAAGUCCCUUGCACAGGAAUAUGAGAUUAGAGGGUUUCCAACCAUAAAGGUGUUUGUACCUGGAAAGCCUCCUGUAGAUUACCAAGGAGCCAGGGAUGUCAAACCCAUUGCAGAAUUUGCUCUCCGACAGAUAAAGAUGCUUCUGAAGGACCGGUUGAAUGGAAAAGCUGCUGGAGGUUCAAGUGGGAAGUCUGAACCUAGUGCAUCAGUAGAGUUGACUUCCCUAAAUUUUGAUGAAUCAGUGGUUAAAAGCAAAGAACUUUGGCUUGUGGAGUUCUUUGCACCUUGGUGUGGACACUGUAAAAAGCUGGCUCCUGAGUGGAAGAAGGCUGCAAAUAACUUGAAGGGGAAGGUGAAGCUGGGUCAUGUUGACUGUGAUGCAGAGAAGUCUCUGAUGAGCAGAUUCAAUGUGCAAGGAUUCCCCACCAUCUUGGUAUUCGGUGCUGACAAAGAUAGCCCCAUUCCUUAUGAAGGUGCAAGAACUGCCUCGGCAAUAGAAUCAUUUGCUCUUGAGCAGCUGGAAACCAAUGUUUUACCCCCUGAAGUGACUGAGCUGACUAGCCCUGAUGUCAUGGAUGAGAAAUGUGCUUCCGCUGCUAUCUGUUUUGUUGCUUUUCUCCCUGACAUUUUGGACUCCAAAGCAGAAGGGAGGAACAAGUACGUCGAGACAUUGUUAUCAAUUGCUGAGAAAUUUAGGAGGAGCCCUUACAGCUAUGUUUGGGUUGCUGCAGGCAAGCAGCCAGAUCUUGAGAAGCAUGUUAGUGUUGGUGGCUAUGGGUAUCCGGCUUUGGUAGCCUUGAAUGUCAAGAAAGGUGCAUAUGCCCCACUUAAGAGCGCAUUUGAGAUUGACCAGAUUACAGAGUUUGUCAGGGAGGCUGGGCGUGGAGGGAAGGGGAAUCUGCCUCUUGAUGGCAUCCCUGUGAUUGUGAAGACAGAACCAUGGGAUGGUAAAGAUGGAGAAAUCAUUGAAGAGGAUGAGUUCUCCCUGGAGGAACUCAUGGGAGAAGAUGGUGGAAGCAAGGAUGAGUUGUAAUCAAUUUGAGACGGGCCAUUAUAGAACAGGGUAGGAACCCAGCAAGGCUAAAAAUGAUUUUGAUGCUGCGAGCAACAUGUAUCGUGAGUCAUUAUAUUGUUGCUGUGCUAAUAUUAAUGUCUUUUUCCAAAUGAAAGUGCUUUCUCUCGUUGAA